UUUUUUUUUUACUCUUCCCCCCUAAUCUGCAUUUCUUGUCAUGAGUUUAAAGUGCCGAUUUGUGAUUUGCUCCUCUCAUUACACAACGCGGAGCGUGAUCCUCUGCAGGGAGGGAACACUGGUGUCCGUUGAAGCUCGCGGCAGAAGCGCACAGUAAACAUUUGGAUCCUAAUUUGCUCCCACACAUAAACAUCUUCGGAACGAUAUCUUUGCUAGUGUAGUCAGCCUUGAUUGGACACUGCUUUUUUUCCUCCUCUUGUGCUAAAUCAUAUAAUCCUUGUAAGUGAAAGCCAGGGCAGAGAAGCGGAUACGCGCUUUUGGAGAGAGAGCCAAAGUUUGCCGCCCUAAGUUUGAAGCUCGGGCUUGUGGGGAUCCCGGAGCGCACGGUGCGCCCCUUAAUUAACGACCACGCCGAAGUGACUGUGAGGACGAGCUGAAGAUGAAUGACACUGGCAUAUUGUGCAAAAACAACCAAACAGACAGCUUCGCCGAUCAGUCAUGUCAGAACUCAACUCCCUCGCCUUACAGUCAGAUCGACAUCACCACUUUCAUGCACAUAUUCCCUUCCAUCUAUGGCAUCCUGUGCUCAGUUGGAGUUGUUGCCAACGGGCUGGUUAUCUACGCGGUGGCAGCGUGCAAGAAGAAAAUGGUAUCAGACAUCUACGUGCUUAACCUGGCAAUAGCAGACAUGCUCUUCUUGCUUGUGAUGCCCUUCAACAUUCACCAGCUGGUCAGAGACAGGCAGUGGGUUUUCGGAAACUUCAUGUGCAAAGCGGUCGUUGUGGUGGAUGUCAGCAACCAGUUCACCACAGUGGGAAUUGUCACUGUGUUGUGCAUUGAUCGGUACAUAGCUAUUGUCCAUCCCACCUCAGAAAAGAGGACCGUGCAGUGGACCAUCAUCAUCAAUAUACUGGUGUGGCUGGGCAGCUUCCUCCUCACCGUUCCCGUCAUGAUGUACGCCAAGGUUGUGAGCAGGCAGCAUUUGGAGGUGUGUAUGAUGUACCUGGACGGGCCUGAAGAUAUGUACUGGUACACUCUCUAUCAGUCUAUCCUGGGCUUCAUCAUCCCCCUCAUCAUCAUCAGCACCUUCUACUCGCUCACCCUCUACCACGUGUUCAGCUCCAUACGUCGGGUCAAGCGUAAGCAGUCUGUUUGGGCUAAAAGAGCCACUAAGAUGGUCCUCAUGGUCAUCGCCCUGUUCCUGAUCUGCUGGUCGCCCUACCACGUCAUCCAGGUGAUCAACCUGAGCAACAACAAGCCAACCGUCGCUUUCGUCUAUGCCUACAACAUCAGCAUCUGCCUCAGCUACUCUCACAGCUGCAUCAAUCCACUCAUGUUGCUCAUCUUCGCCCAGAAUUACCGUGAGCGUCUGUGCCGAAAGAACGCGCUGCACAGCUCCCAGCACUCCUCCAAGGUGACGGUGGUCAAAACAGAUGGCUCCAGCACGACAAACGACCCCAACUACCGCUGCACAGUCAUCUAACUUUUUUAUAUAUAUACAUAUGUGUACAUGUAAAUAUAUUGCUGCUUAACACAGAAGAAAGGAGCUCGGAUGAAUGGAAUCACCUUAAACUCAUACCACCUAACAUAAUGGUUCUGAAACAUUAGCAGCAAAAGCAACCGCAGCUGAAAAAAAACACAGGAAAGUGGAAGUAAUGUUUUUUUCUUUCUCUUUUAGUCUCAGUGUUUCCAUUAGCCUUCAUAAACUGUACUUUCAGUCUCUUGCUGGUCAGUUGCAACACUGAAGUGCAGCUUGCUGGAUAAGCGUUCACAUGCUGAGUGUGUGAAAUGAUGUGAUGUUCGGGACUCUUUCCAUGGGAGGGUGAUAGAAGGAGUCAGCUUUAUUAUGUGUUUGACGGAUAAUUUUAACACCACACAUGGUGGCAUGUUCAGUCUGAGCGUAUGUGACAGCUAUCAGCACCAUUUUCCAAGAAGGAACUAUUUAUAAGGGCUCGUAUGUUGGAACCGAUGGCUUUACUAAUGGUGAAUACAUAAUUUACAUCAUUAUUUUGCAUAUCCAUCCAUUUAUUUUCCACCACUUAUAUGAGGCCUUGGUUGGCAGUCCACUCAUAUUUUAUCGUGGUUUUUCGACCAGCAGCUCAGACCUUACCAAAAAAAUAGGUCAUCAACACCUACUGUAUCAUAAUUGACACAUUUUUAAACAUCUACAUCAUCAGUGUGAUUUGUUUCCCCCCUGAAACACUGAGAAAAAAAUUCACAAUACAAUUUUAAGCAAUUAAAAAAUUGAAAAAAGUCAGAUAUAGCAAAAGUCAUAUAUGGCAAUUACUUCCUAUGUCAGACUAUAAGGGGUUAAUUAGGAGUAGUAAUGGGGAAAUCAAAAUAAUUUUCAUCAUGGGUAAUGUUAUAACAUUAGAGUCUUAUUUUGAUCCGUAAAUGAUUCAAUUUUCUUUAUAUAGCGCCAAAUCACAAAAACAAUCACAAACCUUACUGAGUAGUUUUGGAUGCCUAAGCCUAACCAGGGAGAAAGUGAAAGCAAAAAGCAUACGAAAAGGAGAUUAAUCAGGGGUAAAAAUAAGGGAAGACAGAAACACUCCAAACAGGACACAAAUCCAUGAGCUCAUCAUCAUCCAGCCGACCUUCUAAUUAAUAUUUCUUUAAUUUGAUCUUAAAGACAGGCAGAUUUGGUUUGUCUCCCAGAGCAGUCGGAGGUAGGUUUCUAACACCCUGCCAACCCACAAUCAAUUUUUAAUGGUGCGAAGAGCAAGAGCAAAUUAUAUAUUCACCAUAUAGAAUGUAAAUAUUGUAAAGCAUUAGUUACAACUGCUAAAUGUACACACUUCAUAAUCGUGGGACCCAAGAAUCCAAUAUGUGAUUGUUUUAUAUUUGAAGGAAACAGAAUAUGAAAACAUUUUAAGGCGAUUUUAGACAAACUUUAGAACAACAGCAGAGAUGAUUUUCUCAGUCACGUAAAUCCUACAGCAGCUCAGCCAGCCUGCUACAAACUGCCUGAUUGUUGUACAAAGUACUGUAAAUCAUAAGUAUUUGUUAGGGUGUGGUUCGCGCACUAUUUAUGAAAUGUGUUUGUAAUGAAUGUAGUAUUUAAAGAGAAAGAUUUUUGUAAAAUCACGAACACAAAGUCAAAGUCUGUUAUUGUGCUACUCCCGACGCCCCCAGUGAAUAGCCUGUUUGUUUUACCCUCAGAUUGCUGGUAAAUUCAGCAUAAAACACCAGUGACUGAUUUAAACCCAAAAAGUAAGACCAAGAAGUGUUGUGGUUUCCGCCUUAAUGAAUGGUUUCCCAAAUCAUCAGGCAUUCUGUGUUUUAUUUCUUUUUUUCUUUAUUUAUUGCCACACAGCUCACAAACACUGUCCUGCUUUUCCUAAAAGAAAGCCUCAAAGAAAGGCCAUGGACGCAGAAGCGGACGUCUGAAAACUGGCACGUUUUUUUUAUCGUUUUUAGGGUUUUUUUCUUGUUGAGUGUCAGAUUUGGAGAAACGGUGUUGAUACUGUAUAUUGACUGGAGAUAGUUGAUUUAAUAUUGGUGUUCUUCUCUCCUCCCAUGUAAUGUAUAUUUGAUAUGUGCUUCAGAUUGUGCCUCUGACAUGUAAUUUUGUGAUAAGACGUUGUUGUUUUUUCUCAUAAAGGGCUCAGAGUGAUAUUACAGAGACAGCAAACUCAUUUCCCUUCAGUGUAACGUUAAAAUGCACAAUGAAAAGUGAGAACGUUUUAUAAGUAUAACUGUUUUUUUAGAUCUGUGACGCAGCAUAAACACAGAGGAAUAGACUGUCAGAGUAUAGUUCGGAAAUAGCUAUGACUGCACAGUAGAUGAUCAUCACUGGUUUCUUUCAUAAGUUUUGAAGAUGAAUUCUUAUAAUUUUGAGUGUUGUUUAUUCAUUGUGUGCCAACUGGGGUGAAGCAGCCUAGUGAGUUUUUAAAGAGGAGCGCACAUUCAUUAAUUACAGGUCAUUCCUGAGUCCUCGCACACUUGCUCCUCAGUAAAUAAUCACAGUGUGUUUCAGUGUGUUUGUCUCUGUGCUGUGGAUUACCAGCUGUGCUUAAUUAGGCGACUGGGCCCUGGAUGCAUACAAGUUCUGUGGAAAAUUAGUUUGUGGUAAUUUAACGACAUGUAAAUUCGUCUGGAAACUUAAAAUACACACCGAGCUCAAAGUGUUGAAGUGGCUCUCAGAGUCUGACUUCAUGUCGAGGCCCUGUAUUGUGAAAGGGAGCCUUUGUCAAUGAGUAAGCUCACAUUAUCUUUCUCAAUGGCCCUCAAGUGAUUCUUUGUUGCAUUUCAAUACAAACUCACAAGAGAAAAACGGGAAUAUCCCAGUUUCUGUCCAUUUUUUUUCAUGGUGGCAGCAGCCAAAAAUCUCACUAAACACGACAGAAGUGUUUUUGGGGGAGACGAUAACGUGAAGGAACAGUCGUGGCGUGAACAGUAAACAGGUAUCUGUGUCACCGAUACCGAUGCAUCCUCCUCUUCUUUUAAAGCAUGUGUCAGUGGAGUCCUUCUCAUGUUUUGGUUUCUGUCAUUUCCACACUAAUGACUCCCCUAAAAGACUUCUAUUGUGUUUUGCAACA